CUCGAUUCCCCUUCAGCUGCCGCACGGAUCCCUUUCUCCAACCGUGCAUUCUCUCUAUACCCGCUUAAAUAUCUUCUCAUUCAAUUUCCAGUCCACAAUUGCUGCGCGAGUUUCUGCCGUUGUCCUUCCGGGAAUACUUCACGCGCCUCCUCACAUUGAACCGGGUUACCCUCAAUUUGCAUUUUCCUCCUAAGGAUACAUUCGUAAUGUAUCAAUCAUCCCUCCGCCAGAGUCCCGUCAAAGAAGGCCGGCGGAUACUCAGCGAGAAGAACGCCAACGCGUGCCUCUCGCCCGCACGCUCGCCAGCCAAACAAACGCUCCUUAACGCCCCGUCUCCUUCACCCAAGAAACUCCUGCCGUCACCUCUAUUUGCGCCUUCGUUUGUUGCCCAAAAACGCUCUACUACUGAGGUGGACGCGGAAGACGCCGGCUCUCAACUGCCAGAGUCUGGUAAUGAACGGCGCGUUGAUAUAGGCCAUGAAUCCGACGCGAUGAGCAUAGAUGUCUCUGAACAGACAAGACAGCAGGAAGGGGAACAAGGAGACAUCGCAACAUCGAGGACCGUCCCAUCUGACCCUGAAACGCGAAAACAAUUCAUACAAGAGAAAGCAACCCUCCUCCGCAGCAGACUUCAAAACGCCAUGCGGCGCGUUCGAGAUCCCCAAUUUGAUCGCCGCCUAUCAGAGCUCGAAGAACACAGUCGGAAAUGCCCUCGACUCUCAGCGCCAGCUACUAAACCGCCCGGCGGAGUUGGUCUGCAACAACAUCUAGAGCAGAAGUACAGGACGGAAGGAACCGGAACGAGAGUACAAGCUAAAGAAGAUAAAGAUGAAAAUGGCGACGAGCUAAUGCUAUCCACACCACGAGCACAGGUGCAGAGAGAAAAGCAGGAACAAAGAGAGAUAAUCCAGAUACCCAAUGAAGACGAUGAAGAAACGACACCCACGCAGAACCAGAUCGUUCAACGUACAGAGGCACAAAUGAAUGGGAACGAGAACAGGGCGCCCUCGCCAACGCAGAUGGUUCUUAGCAGCCCUACGUACAAGUCGACUGCACAGGCAGGCCAAUUUGAUGAUGAUCGGCCACUUGCGCGCGAGGCAACUGCGGCGACGUCGCCCUCUUCAUCGGUGAGAGGCCAGGGGCGUGGUGAUGGCGAUGCGGUGGAUGGAUUGCUCAAGUUGAUGGGGACCCCAACCACGGAGCACGGGCAAGGGCAUGGGCAGACCGCGGGUGCGAGCGUAUGA